GAUGCUGCAUCCACACUUCAGACUGUCUAUGUUGGACUGUACAACACUGGAAGAGGGAAUCUAGCAUUGUCUGGUGGUAUGAAUUUCACUCUCCAUAAUGACAACUCAUUCACCCUCACCUGUAUCUCCACUGGUGGACCUGCUACCACUGUCACUUGGACCAGAGACUCCACCACUGUCACCCAAGGAACCCAGACUGUGUUGAAUGAUGGAGUGACUGCACAGUACACCCACACU